AUGGGUGGUAUUCGUGGACAAAUUGAUAAAACUCGAACAUUAUUUUUAACAAAACAUGGACAAACACGUAUACAUAUUGAUCAAGUUAAAGGUUUAGAACCAACAUUGUUUAUUGAACUUGAAGUUGUUCUACAAGAUAAUCAAACAAUUGAAGAAGGACAAGAAAUUGCAAAAGAUUUAUGUGAAAAAAUAGGCAUUGAAGAAAAAAAUCAUAUUAGAUGUGCUUAUAUUGAUUUAUUAUUAGAACAGAAUUCAGUUAAAUAA